AUGGUAUGUACUCGAUCGUCAUCUUCGAAAAACGACGAUGGUGAAGCAGCCGAUGGAAUCCCGCCUGUUCAAACUAGAGGAAGAGCUUUAUCGUCGAAGAGAGCCACAACGCGAGGAUCACGACGAACUUCUGUCACAGAUGAAAAGAUUGGCGAUAAUCAGGAACCAGAUACAUCUACUCUGGACUCGCGAGCGAGCUCUGAACCCGAUUCGCAGGGGGAUAUAGGCCCUUAUUUGGAUAUCUCUUUGAUUGAAAACGUUGUUUUUGAACACUACUUUUCACUUCAGAAGUCUAUCUCUGCUGAAAAUGUUACUGCGGAAGCAACAAGCACCGAACCAUCGGUCAGAACUCCUAGCAGAAGACGGCGAGGGUCUUCUUCCAGCCAGACGCCUCAACCUAUGUCGCCGUCCAGAAUUACUAGGGCUAUGAGGAAAGCAGGCAUAUCCACCCCAAAAGAUGUUGUAGAACUGGAAAUAGUUCAUGAGGAGCAGCUUGUUGUAGAGAAAGAACAGAUAUUGAGUGAUAAAAAAGAAGAAUCACGAAAUUUUUUGAUGAAAUCUCCUGAAGCCAAGAUAUUAUCGCCAUCGAACAAAGAUGUGGAUGAAGUAGAAUCAAAUGAGUUGGCCUCACUUAGAAAAGAAGUGCAGGAAUUAUUGUCCAAAGUAUGUGCUUCAGAAGAAACUACUUCCGUGCAAAAUCAGAUUGAGAGAAGAGUUGUAUCUUCUGGGAAAAGGUUUUCUGUAGAAACAAGUUCUGAAAUAAUAGUAACAGGAAAGCAACUAAGCAAUUCUUUCUCUGAGAAGUCAGCUGAGCAACUUUUAGCACCUACUCAUGUCUCACUUUCUGAUACGGAGCAUUCAGAAAGGAAAUCAAGCAUGUCUCCUCAUAAAUCUCCUCUUAAAGAUGCCUCUGUUGAUGUAGUUGCUUACCAAGGACAGGAUGUCAAGGAACGAUCUGAAAUGCCGUCAAAAAAAGACGAGAAAAAUGUGGCCGAAGAAAAGAAAUCUGUCAAAUCUCCUACUAAAAUGACAGCUACAAAAAAUUUAGAGCAAGGAUUGCAGCAAUCUAGAAGGGAGUUCGCUGUUGUUGAGGAUACUAUGAGGAGUCCAACUUCCAAGCGAACAUCGUUUUCUGACUCUAUACCUACACCAGUGUUGGAUACUCUCUCAAAAGUGGUCGAUUCAGUAGAAAGUAUGGUUUUGGAAAAAGCGAGCGGAAAAUUACCUGCCGAUACCAUGCCUACGGAGAAGUCUCCUCCUGCAGCUUUUGUAAAAUCACCGACUUUCCAAGAAAUGAGCGAAGAAUCCGCAAGUGCUCCUGUCUCUGCAGCAGGAGAACCUAAAGUGAAACGUCAGGGAAAGAAGGAUGCUGCCAAGUCGGUACGUCUAUAUUUUCAAUCAGGAAUACUAUAA